AUGUUGGCGCGGUGUAGAGGUUUCUGGAGGGCUGCAGCUUUAUUCUUCGCCUGCAUAUGUGUAGCGGCAGCCCCAACAGACGUACCAUCCGCCGCCUCUUUCUAUGUACACACCCUCCCAGGACUCCGCCAAGACCCCACACACCCUCUGCACAUAUACGCCGGCCACCUCCCCUCCGACCCCGAAGCAGCCACCGCUCCCCCCACAGCCGUUACCGCCCACCUGUACUUCGUCCUCACUAAGGCCCGACGCACCGCUGACAAGGAGCGUGUUAUAUUUUGGUUUAAUGGCGGGCCAGGGUGCUCCUCGUUUGACGGGCUGAUGAUGGAGAUCGGCCCAUGGCGGAUGGACAAGGACGGCAACCUAAACGUUAUGGAUGGCGGCUGGGAGGAAUACGCGCACGUCGUAUACGUCGACCAGCCCGCGGGCACGGGGUACUCGUACACAAGCACCGACCACUACGUCCACGAGCUCUCCGAUGCAAGCGCCCAGGUCGUCCAGUUUAUGCGCCAGUUCUACCGCGUUUUCCCCGAGUACCGGGAGAUGGACACAUACCUAGCGGGCGAGAGCUACGCGGGGCAAUUCAUUCCCUACAUUGCUGACGCGAUCCUGAACUCCAACCUCAACAUCCCCUUCAAAGGCGCAGCCAUUGGUAACGGGUGGAUUGAUGCGCGGCGGCAGUAUCCUGCAUACCUUGACUAUGCCGUCAAGCACGGCCUUGUCGAGCCCAACUCCGACGACUAUAAACGGGCAAAGGAAGUCACAGAUGCGUGCAUGACCGAGCUGGACAAGAUCACCGACCGCGAGCCGAUCAACGUCGAUAUGUGCGAGCGCGUCAUGCUCACCGUCCUCGAAGGAAGGCAAAAAGAUGGCAAGUGCGUGAAUGUGUAUGACGUGCGCCUGACAGACGACGUGCCCGCCUGCGGGCUCAACUGGCCGCCAGAUCUGGAGUACGUGACUCCUUACCUCGGCCGCCAAGACGUCGUGCAAGCCCUGCACGCCACCGCGCACGCGCAAUCCUGGGUCGAGUGCCGCGGGCGCGUCGGGCAGGAGCUGUCCAAUCGCAACUCGCAAUCGUCCAUCACGCUCCUCCCAAAAGUGACCGAGCGGGUGGAGGUGCUGCUCUUCGCGGGCGACCAGGACUUUAUAUGUAAUUAUGUGGGCAUCGAGGGGCUGAUACAGCAGCUGGAGUGGGGCGGGGAGCGCGGGCUUGGGAAGGUCCAGACGCAGAGCUGGAGCGUGAACGGACAGCCGGCGGGGACGUGGGUGUCGUCCAGGAACCUGACCUACGCCAAGAUCUUCAACGCGUCGCACAUGGUGGGCUUUGACGUGCCGCACGUCGCGCAUGACAUGAUGCUGCGCUUCAUGCGCGUCAACUUCUCCGCGCUCGCGGAUGGGACCGCGCGCAUACCGAGCGCCGUCGGGCAGGAGCACAAGCCUGCGCUGUCAGUCGUCGACGAGGAGACGGAGCCGAGCGCGCUACCCGGCGGCAAGACGCCCGAGCAGGACAAGGCGAUGUGGGAGGCAUACUACAAUGCCGGCUCCGCGGCGGUCGUGCUGGUCCUCAUACUUCUUGCGCUCGGCGCGUUCUUCUGGUGCCGCGUCCGGCGCCGGAGGGGCCUCCGGUUGCCCAACAUCGGGCUCGGGGGCACGGCGGAGGAGAGCAUCCCUCUGAACCAGACGCAGGAAGACGACGAUUUCAGGCGCAGGAAGGGGAAAGAAAGGGAGGUCGAUGGGGAUACUGAGGAGCGGACGGUGUUUGAGGUAGGGGAGGAUGAGGACGACGAGGAGAAGAGUCCUAUUCCUAGGCGUUAGUACGCUCAAGUUGUAGAGCGCUGUAUUUAUGGUUUAGCUUCGGCCAACUGAGCAUAGUUUGUAGUGCAGGGGGUGCUCAUGUGCGC